AUGGAGCAGGAAAAGAGUGACCAGAGGCUAGAAGAGAGUGAGAAAGACAUGAAACGUGCACCUCUCCCCACUGGUGACGCUAUGGCAUCCACAGGUCCGGGCAAUGACCAACGAGUCUUUCCUGCAUUGACCAAAGAAUUCGUCCGGAUGAUGGAGUCGUCCCAAGACGGAAAGGUGGAUCUGAAAGCUGCUUCACAGGAACUAAAAGCCCCGAGGUCCACCGUAGAUCAUAUCUCGAGCAUAUUGGAGGGUAUCCAGUUUUUGAAAAGGAUAUCUUCAGAUGUUGUUCAGAUGAUACGGUCAUCAGAUCAUCACAAAUUAACAGAACGGUUAGAAAAGGCUUGGAAGGAGCAAUCCACUCUUGACGGGCAGUUGGAAUCAUUACGAGUAAACACUCCUGAAGGCGAACAAGGAGACAAGAAGCCAGCUGAGACCAAUGAAACUCCAAAACGCCCCCUGAGUGGCAGCACUAAAGAAGAGCCAGAGAUGAUUGGCAAACGCACCCUUCUUUCUCCUUAUCCUACAAAAUCCUCCAGCAACACUUCCCCUUCCUCCACAUCCUAUCCCCGACCUGCCUCAAGGCGUCGAACCACACCGGUGUACAUCUUUGGACAAAGCACACCGUUUAAGAAACAAUUUACACCAGCUGACCGCUUGGUACAAGUAUCCUCUGAAGAUACAGACGAGAGCAUCCCUUCCAGCAAAUCGGAAGCCUCAAACUUUAGCAGUCCUGAAUCUCUACCCCACCCCCUCUCUCCCGCUGCCACUGUUCGAAAUGCCAGAUCACGGGUGCUAUUGUUGGCCAAUAGUCCUGAUCACGAUCCUGCUGCAUCUUCUAGUGGCAGCACAACAACAACAACAACAACAACAACAACGCCGAAAAAGAGCAGCAUGAAGCCAACGCCUUCUGCUGCUGCUGCUGCUGCAGUAGCCACUAGAAAAGCACCAAAAAGCUCCACCCGGAAAGAUUACGAUUUCAGCAAGAAACGAGUACCCUCGUUUGUCUCGAAACCAAGCUCAGGGGACGAAGUAAUCAAACGUCCCAAGAAGAAGAGUGGGUAG